UGGAAAAACCACGCUUAUGGAUGUUCUAGCAGGAAGAAAAACAGGCGGCUAUGUUGAAGGGGACAUCCGAAUAUCUGGAUUUCCUAAGAAUCAAAAAACUUUUGCAAGAGUUUCGGGGUACUGCGAACAAAACGAUAUUCACUCUCCUCAAGUAACUGUCCAUGAAUCAUUGAUUUUCUCUGCAUUCCUUCGUCUCUCGGAAGAAGUAACCAGAGAACAAAAAAUGGAUCAAAUAUCCAGAUUUUUAUUGAUUCAUGUGGUGGGAGGAAGGGGAAGAAAUUAUCGUUUAGCAUGGUUAAUGAGAAGUUUUUCG